GGGUGCGGGCCGGUCCGGUGCGGGCGGCCCCGGUGCAGGCGGGCUCGGGGCAGCCCCGUCCCCACGUGACGCCCGCACCGCGCGGGGGCGGCUCCGGUUCAUUCAUAAAUCCCGGGGCCGCCCGAACCGCACCGAACGCAGCGGCGGCGAUGGAGCCCCGGCCCCGGCUGUAGGACGAACCCGGCUUGGAUCGGACCAUGAACGAUGACCCGACCCCGUGGGACAACGCGACGGAGAGCAGCACGGCGCUGCCCGGCGAGGUGUCCCCCCAGGAUGGCUACGUGCUGCUGCUCGCCCUGCUCUCCAUCUUCAUCGGGGGAACUCUGGUGCUGCUCUCAGGGAUCCUGAUCAUCUGUCGCCGCUGCUGCGAGGCCGACCGCCGCCACUCCAGAGCCAGCGAUGACCCUGAGAAAACCACCACGACGUACCUGGAUGACUCGCAGCAGGCCCAGGAUAUCACUAUCAGAGUGGAGGACCCCGAGUGCCUGUCGGCCUCCAGUUACCGCGAUGCAGAGAGCGAGCGGUUCCUGUCCUCCAGCUCCUCCAGCGCACGCCGCGUCUCCUUCAACGAGGCCGCGCUGUAUGAGCAGGGCAAGAAGACCCAGGAGAAGGGGCGGAGGUACACGCUGACAGAGGGGGAUUUCCACCACCUGAAGAACGCCCGCCUGACGCACCUCCACCUGCCACCACCUGCCCUUAAGAUCGUCACCAUCCAUGAGUGCGAGUCCAGCGAGAACAGCCUGGCCAUGACCCCCCGCCGGCCCCCUCCCAAACCCGGCCUCGCCAUCUUCCAGCCCCCUGGAGGGGCCGUGCCGCAGCCCGGCCACACCGUGUGCCCCAGCUCAGCACUGCCCGGGGACACCUACAACUCCACAGCGGGAGGGAGCCCCGCCACCUCCUCCGACUCUGGGGAGGGCCCUUCGGUGAGUGUGGGGCCGGGGUUGUGCACGGCUGCUCCCAGGGCUGAGCCACCGCUCACGACUCCCCCACACCUUCAGUUCACCGCAGCGCCCCGGAGCGGGAAGGGGCCGACUGCAGGCAGUGCCAGCCCUGGGGAUGCCCCCCCAGCCCCUACGCAGGGCCCGGUGCUGCAGUUCUUCACCCGCCUGCGUCGGCACGCCAGCCUGGAUGGGGCCAGCCCCUACUUCAGGAUCAAGAAAUGGAAACUGGAGAGCACCCAGCGGGCAUCCAGCCUGGACACGAGAGGGUCUCCCAAGCGCCGCCAGUUCCAGCGGCAGCGUGCAGCCAGUGAGAGCAUGGACCAGGAGGAUCGCGACCCCCACCAGACCGACAUCAUCCAAUACAUCGCCCACACCGACGACGUCGCCUUCCACCCCGCGGGCGGCCCCUUCCUGCCCUCCCCCAGCAGCCCCCCUCCCUCUCUCGGCAGGUUAGAGCCAGGCGAGGACAGCCCCAGCGAGGCGGCGGCCCCGGAGCAGCGCAGCGUCGGCCACGACAUCUGGAGCCUUCGGGCCUCGCUGGAGCUGUACGCCGCGUCGGAGCGCAGCAACGACCAGGACUCGGUGCGCAGCGACGGCGCGGACAGCGUCUCGUCGGGCGGCGCGGCUCCCUGCCCCUCCUCCUCCCUGGACGAGGCCGAAGGCCCCGAGGAGAAGCUCUGGGCCCGGCCCAAGGCGGAGGAUUCGGAACCCGGCACGCGCAAGCUGCUGCAGAUGGACAGCGGCUACGCCUCCAUCGAGGCGCCGGGCCGGGGGAGCGAGGAGGGGCCGCCCGCGGAUCAAACGGCGUCGGAGAAACGGAUCUGCUUCACCAGCGCCGGGCGGAAAGGCACCAUCUUCGAGAGCUUCGAGGGCCGCGAGCCCGACGAGGAAGAGGAGGAGGAGGACGAGGAGGAAGAGGAGGAGGAAGCGCGGCGCGGCGCGGUGGGCGGGGGGGGUCCGGUGCGCACCCACAGCCCCCUGGCCUGGUCACCCUACGGGCAGAUGCUGGCGGGCCGGGACGCGCCGUCGCCCAGGAGGGAUUACAGCAUCGACGAGAAGACGGACGCGCUGUUCAACGCCUUCGUGCGGCACGACCCGCAGUUCGACGAAUCCCCGCCGCGCGGAAAACAUCGCUCCCGCACGCACCUCCGCAAGCAGUGGCAGCACGCCAAGCAGUACAGCGACCCGGGGGUUCGGUACCCCGCGUUGGAACGGCACCGCACCCCUCUGCGUCGCGGGGACAGCGCCAACUCCCCGCUGGACGCCCGAUUCCACGGGCCGCUGCCCCGCAUCGUCAGCGCCGGGGACGAAGAGGCGGCCGAGGCGGAAUCCGGCGCCGCUCCGCUGCCCGAACCCGAGAUUCAGGUGAUCGUGGAGGAGCCCGGAGAGGAGCACCGGACCGGGCCCGAGCGCGGAGGCGGGGAGGAAUGCCUCGGACCGGGGCGGUGCGUGGAGCCGCGUCCCGACGCGGAGCUGCUGGACAAGAUAGCGGGAGGCAUCGAGGAGCGGCUGUACGGGCAUCUGCGGAGGGAGGCGGAGGGGCUGCGGGCGGACACGGAGAGCGCGGUGGCCGUAACUGCCGGCGAUGCCCCCCCCGAGCGCAGCCCCGCGUAGGGCGCACGCGGUGCGGGUCCGCGCGUUGUGCGGGGGGCUGAGCCGAGCCUCAGCGCGGGGCGGCGUCGAGCCGGCAGGGCGGGGGGCGGCGCGGAGGGGACCGUUCCGCAGCCGCGGUGGUUCCUACGAGCAAUAACGGCGCUGCGCCCGGCGCCGGGAACCGGCAUGGAAAAGCGGGGGGCGGCCCCGGGGGGCAGAGCGGCCGUGGGGUGGGGGCCGCGCCCUCCUUCCCUCCCACUCCUCGCCCUCCUCCUCCCAUCGAGGAAGGCGAUGCUUCGGUUCGCACGGCGGGUCGGCUUUGUAUGGCGGGAUGGGGUUUUGCGGGGCUAUUUGCGUUCCCAAGGACGGGGGGGCAAAUAAAAAGGACCGAACGGCCCCACAUCGGCCCACGGGGGGCGGGGAGGGGGGCAGCGGUGCCCCCCAUUGCAUGCGAGCGCAGAGGUCGGGCCGCGCCUUCCCCCUCCGCAGAGCCUCUGCCCGAAGCACCACCUCCAACUCCGCGUUUUUAAAUCUAUCAAUGAAGGAAAAGAAAAACCAACCGAACCAAAACCAAAGGCUGUGAGUGCUGUGAGCGCCGUUCUCACCCUGCCGAUCCCACCGUUCCAUUCCCUCCCCCCCUCAUCCCCCAACUGCAGAGGAAGGACAGGAGCCCCCUCUCCCCCAAGGUGCAGAGGAAGGACAGGAGCCCCACCUCUCGCUU